GAUCGUAUCCGACUCGACCAAACCUUCAAGAUGCUUCACGCGCAAGAUCUCAUCGACUAUUCUGACGACGAGCUCCAACAGACCGACCUGCCCACCAACGGUGGGGCCGCCACCGGCGACAAGAAGGUAGUCCGGACUGCUGCAGAAGGUCCACCCGUACUGGGAGAGCGCCUACGCAUAGGCCCCGUGUACUGCAUUCAGAAGAUGGCCGGAUUGGUCGGCGAGAAGGACAAUGAGGUUGAGCACAAGCGGUUGGAUAGGUUCGGCGAUUGGCUUGAAGAUGAGUGCUCUAAGCGAAGAAUAGCCUCGCUUCAUAUGGCCAAUGUGCUUUCGCUUCAGUUAAUCUUACGAUGA